AAACCCCACGGCUAUUUAGCUGAGAAGACAAAGUGCUUACGCUAAUAUAUUCACACGAUGUCACCCACACGACGCCAAAUAAUCAAUAAAUUAUUUAAUCUUCAAGUUGGAGAGGUACUCAUGUACUAAGCUCGACCUAUUAUAUACAAGCACGUAUCGAUAUAAAUACCGCGACAACAUAAUUCACUAUGGAUACUCGCCACACAUGUAUAGAUAACUUGAAGCAUUCUGUUGUAUAUUAAUCCUCAGCAAACGGUUUCAGAAUCUUCGUUUGGUGGAACAAAUGUUGAUUUCUUGAGUUGAAAAUGACUUCGAACAAACCGGAGACGAUUCCACGGAUGAGACAUCACCACGAGGAUGAAGCCCCAAUACGUCACAAUACCCUAUUAUCACCUGACAUGUCGAGCGUUGAACUUGAACCACGUCAAGCGUUCGAUGAUGACGUCAUGAAGAAACAUAGAAAUCAAUUUUGUAAAACAAGGUAUUAUUGCGUCAUUGGGGUAGCGAUAGUCUUCCUUUGCUUCACAAUCGGCUUCUAUUCAUCCAUUGUUGACGAUUCUGACGCAAUGACACCCCGUGAUAUAAUAGAUUAUGACGUCGACCUGACGUUGGAUGAGGAAGUGACGGAUGAUGACGUAGUUGAUGACGUAGUCGAUGACGCAGAUAUAUUAGCGGAAGCGAAAUCGAAAUUCGACGCCGAAGAUUCGAAAUCCUUCGUGAUUGUUGUCGGCGACGAAAACGUUGAGGUCACACUGGAUCAAGACGGUAGCAUAGUGUUGCCAGAUGGAAAAAACUUGAAUCCACACGACCGGAACCACUGGGAGGUUAUUCAAGCCGUGCUCGGUGAUGCGUAUUAUGAUUAUGACGUAGAUCAAAAGGACGACAAUGAGACGGACAGCAACGCCGCCCUAGCGGCUGAUGCAGGUUUAAAAUACGUGCCACCAGAUGUCGAUGAAGAGCAUGAACACGAUGACGAUUGUGAACAAACAAUAUCUGUGAAUGUUGCUGACGAAACAGGGGAUUCCCCAUCCAACGAAACGGGAAAUUCUUAACUAAACAUAGAAGAUUAUGACGUCAUAGUCACCGAGUGUAUUUUAGAAUAUAGAUGUUAUAUUAUGACGACAUAGCUAGUGCCUUGCCACGUUAAUAGCAACAAAAUAAAGUUUCUUCAGAAAAGGU